UUAUAAACCACAUGUGUUAAUGUACCAGAGCUUCCAGAGCUUUUCUCUCCAUGUAUGGGUUAGGUCUCAUCCUUCUUCCUGGUUUGGGGUCUUAAUGGACCUGCAUGGAGAGAAAAGGAGCUGGAGGGAAAACUGCAGACACCAUAGUUAAAACUGAGAUUGUGAAGAUGUUUUUUAAUAAGGACAAGUAGAAUUUUAACUUUUAUUCUCAAAGGUUUUAAAAUAUUUUUUCUUCAAAGCUUUGACACUCUGAAUGCUUCAAAAGCACUGGAAAUCAGUCGUUCAAUUCCUGUACUGAAGAAUAGGGAUUAUAAUCCAAGUUUACCCUGUAUUUCUUUCUAGGAGCUUUAAACUGAUGCCGCCUUAAUCUGAAGAGAGCUUUAAUUUGUCAGCAUGUGAAGAAGAUCUCAAAUAAGGUCUUGAAAAGCUUUAGCAGGGGAAAUCUCUGCCAUAUGAGAGAGUUUGGAAAAAGGAGUCAGAGAAAGAGCGAUGGACGUGCUGAGGGCUCUUGCCCUGCUAGUGGACUGGAAUCCAGUCCGUCUCACAAUGAAAACGUGCUUACGCAAAUUGUGUGUCAAUAAAAGACUAAGCACCCACACGAGAACUCUCCUAGCCUGUUGUUCUGGGAAAGGCAGAGGGCGGAUUCAAAUGUAUUUAGGCAGGGGGAAUUGGAUUGUGCUCUCCAGCUUUCUGGGUGAGUAAACAAACUCCUAAAAUGCUCUAUAAAAGACAUAAUGUCACCUGUUUGGUGACUGGCUCCCCAGUGUGUUUUUUCCAGCUGAGACUGGCAAGUUUGACCCUGUUUCAACAUUUCUGGAAUGGCUGCAAUUUGCUAAUUUUGGUAAAUUUGCUACAAAAAAACCCAAACUUUUUCCUGCCACAGUCCUUAUGGAACAAGAAAGAUUACUUUUUUUUUUUUUUUUUUUUUUCUCCUUCCCUGUAGUUAUUAAACCAGAUCCAGCGAAGAAGAGUGAGAAAAUUGAUUAUCUAGUUUAUCUAGGUUGGAAACAGGUCAUCUUUUUCUCAUAGGUGUUAGUAGUUAGCCAAUUAAGAGUGAAUAUUCAGUAACAUGGCACCAGGAAAAGUCCUUUAUCAUCCUGGGCAAGUUUGGUUCUCUGCCAUAACUUGUUUAUCAUCUUAGUCCAAACUUUCCCAAAGUCCACAGUGUCUUCUUUAUUGUGUACAUACUAUCAUUACAAAAAAAAAAAAAAACAAACAAACCUAAAGCUUCUUACAAUCCUAUUUUCCUCAUUCCUGAAACCUCCUAACCUGGUUGACUUGUUGGAGUGCAUUUCAUGCAUUCUUAGCAGAUAUGCUGAAGGAAACGCCUUGCUCAGCACAGCUGGAGGCUAGAAAGUGUGGAGAGUUCAUGAACGAGGCUUGUCUUCUGCUGCAGUCGCUGCAGUGCACUCAGAGCUGCCCGGGCCCAGGGAGGAUCCCAACCUGCUGGACACAACAUGAGUGUCCCACAUCUGGAAAAUAGGACUAGUGUGACAGUGAGUUAAGGUAGGAAAAUUCUGAUUUCCUCAAAUGUUCCCUUAUUUGAGGAAUAACUUGAUGAGAGGGAAUGCCUGCUUGUUAAAUUGUGGUUUAAUACUUGGGAAGUGGGAUUUUUUUGUUGUUGUUUUUAAAACUGGUUUGAGCUACAUGAAAUCAAGAAUGAAGAGUUCCCUGUUGAAUGCUCCAGUGGUGGGAAAUCGAUACUGCUGCCAAGGAUGGAGAAUGUGAAAAAUAUUGUAAGGUAUUAGCUCUUGUGGUGAGCUGUCAACAGCCACCACUCUUAAGCCUGUGUUGACCAUGAGUGCUUGUCCACCUGAAGGAGAAAUAACAUGGAUAAAUACUUGCACUAUUUUGCCGUUAUUAACCCUUUCUAAGAGUAAUGUGAUAUGAGCUGAGUCCAUUUCAUCCUGAGCUCCGCUUCUCUAUUUUGACAGUGGUUUGUGGCAGACACGAGUGGGAAGGAUUUCUGCCUUUUGUAGACUCUGCUGGGUGUUGGAAUAAUAGGAAGUUCAGGUAAUGAAGACUACAGUGUUCCAAAUUUAGGUCCUGUCUCCUGGGAUGUUAGAAUCCUUAUGCCCAUAUGGUCACUGAGAGGACUGAGAUGUAAUCUAGGUUAUACCCAGCCAUCCUUUGGCUACUUGUUGGAAAGCACAAGAAAUUUUUAAAGAAAACAGUGGAAAAAGAAGUAGAUGACCUUUUUUUUCUUGAAAAUAUAUUAUUUUUCCAGCAUUUUAACUGGCCAAUCACACAAGCUGCUGCACACAAAUAAACUAUGACAAAGGAGCCCACAAUUAAUGUCAGGACCUAGUUAAGCAUGUUAAUAGGGUGGUACAAAGACAUAAUAGCUUGUACAGAUUGAAGAAUAGGAAAAGUGAUCCUCUGGGCCAGUACUAACACUUUCUAAAUUGUAUGUUGAUGUGUGAUGCUGGAGCAGAGUAGGAAAAGCUGCUUUGCUUCUUGCUGUUGAGAUGGCUUCUCUGAUCUCAGGACAUCUGGUUGCCCAUGUCUUUGUCAAGCUUUCACUCCUUGGGUUGGAAUUUUUAAUGGUAAGUGUUGGUCCCCCGGCUGAGCAAUUCUAAAGUUCCUUACCCCAAAUAGUGGGAGGCUUUCUAAAAAAAGGCUGGGAAAAAACAGUGUUUCUUCCUGUGCUUGAAGCCCUUCCAGUUGUGUAGCUGGGUUGUGCUAGUUCCUGCUUCCCCUCAUGGGCCCUGGGAAGGUGCCUGUAAAUUGGGAGGAAGUGUUUCUUUAAGUUUGCCAUGUCUGGGAAAGCUGGGUCAGUUUUAAAGUUGUGAAAGAUUGUCUUCUGAAUCAGACAGAAUGUGACCUUGCAGUUCUGUUUACACUGCUCUGUUUAGAUGAGGCAAAGCAAUAGAAAUUCUGAAAUAAAGACUAAGGAGCUCUUGAGUUUGAACAUGAGUUGGCAGUUGGUGACAGGAGAUUAGGGCUGGCUGAGCAAGGGUCCACGAGUCAGAGAGAAUUGAACAGAGCACAUGGUGGUGGGAGAUGGAGGAAACAAGCAAAACUAAACACAGAAGCAAACAAAAAACAUGGACAAGAAGGUUUGUAGGUGAAGGUUUAAGCAUUAGAAUGGGACUAGAUUAUGGCAUGACAACCUUAAUCCUCAUAUUUCUUAAUAUCUGGUUAUUUGUCUUGCAGCCUGAGCAGUUUUUUCAUGUGUAAGAAAAUUCUGAGAAACCAUUUGAAGGUAGUUUUCAGAUACUUCUGAGUAUGCUUUGAGACACAGAUGAGUGCAGUGUUUGUUGGGAAGCUUCUGAGGAUUGGGGGAUGUAUGGCUAGGUGAGAAAUCAGAUAAAGGUGUUGAACUAGGUUAAGCAGUGCUGUGUAUUGCAGAGUUAGUUGGAUGAAAACACAUAUCUAGUGAUUAAUGAUGUUUAAUGCAGUACAACUGGCUAUUGGCCAAAAGUUACCCUGAUCUCUGAAAAAUAACUACCUUUCUUUUGCUACCAAGGUGAAUCAGUUAUACUAUGCAGUGCCAUGAGCUGACAAUGAGACUGGAAAACUGAACAGAACCAGCAGGCAACUCACUGCAUUUGUAGCCCGAGCCUUGCUAAAUAUGAUUUUGAUUAGAGCAGGACUUGUGAGCUCUAGCUGGGAAUUUGCUCCCUUGUGGCCAGAAACUGUUACAAAUGCAUGAAAAUGAUGCUUCUCUGGGACAGGCAGUGACAUUCCUUGUCCUUAUUCUUACCAUAUCUGGCAGCAGAGAUUUUUAAACAGAACAAAAAGGAGUCUUAAAAUCUUCUGUUGACUUCAUGCAAACUAUUUUAGUGUAGUUCCUGCCUUAAACCUGUAAAUUCUGGUUGACCCACAGUGUUUGUUCUAGCACUCUUGCUUCAAAGUUUAAAGCAACUGUCAGACACACCAUGUUCCUAGGUAAGUUAUUUCAAACAAUAAAAGGUAAUUUAUUUUGUUGUUGUUUUGGGGAGGGGGGUUUUUUGUUUGGUUUUUUUUUUUUUUUUUUACUUGAAUUUGCCAUGAUUGGAAUUUCCAAUAAUUUAAUCUGAAUGUCUUUUUCUAACAGGUGUAGCAACUAAUUACUCUUAGAAGUAUUUUUGUUUUGGAGAUCUGUGUUCAGAGGGAUUAAGGGACUGUUGGUCACUGAAAAUGGAGGAAACAAGGAAGCUUUCCCCGAAGCCAAGUAAAAGCAAAGAGCCUGUGAAAACAGAAUGGGGAUCUCAGAGUGUGGUGUUCACCUAUUUCCAAGGGGACAUUAACAGCAUGGUAGAUCAACAUUUUUCUAGAGCUCUCAGCAAUGCCAAGAACCCCCAAGACCUGAGCACAAAGCACAGGGGUGAGACGGUUGUCCUGAAAAAUGACAGCAUGUCUCCCCAUCAGUGGAAUUUUUCUUCACAUUGCUGCAAACCAUAUCCAUCAUCUUCUUCAACAAGCAUGGCAAAUUCUGCUCUGAAUUUUUCUGCUGCUGGUGUGGUAGGCCAGUGCCAGCCAUCAUCUCUACGAAGUCGUCCAGUUCAACCUGCAGAUUUAUGGUCCUUCCCUCUAACUGGGACUCCCAGAGUCACCAGUUCAAUGUAUCCUCACACCCUCCCUGACCUGCAUGCAGCUGAUGAGCUGAUCUCUGACAGGAAAUACAGCUCUCUUCUUGGCCUUCUGCAACAGGAAAGGUGCUUAACAUCCAUGCAAGAAUGCACCAUGAAGCAACACUCAAGUUCUGCUUGUAUGACUGGACCUGCAAGGCUACAAAAUAUAAGUCAAAGUUCAGCUCCUGGGGGAGAGAGGAAAGCAAGCUCUUACCAAGGCUCAGAAAAUCCCAGUGUAAGCCAUGCCACUGCAGGUAUUCAGAUUCAUGACAGAAGACAAGAUUUGUACUUCUAGCAACUGAAUGUUUCUACUGUGUUCUGAAACAAAAUGUUAUUUCUGUGGACUUUUAUUAUUUGCAACUGUGAAUCAAGAACUGAACUGCAACUGUCCUGUGGUGUUUUUUUUUUCCUCUCUGCUGGGAGAAUGCAUGUACUAUUUACUGUUUGAGGAAUGACAAAAUAACCCUUUUCUAUACAGUAAAUAAUUUCUAAUGUUUGCGGUAUUAACCUGGCAGUACUUUUGUUGUGGCAAUACAUUGUCUAUUUAAGGCUUUUCAUGUAGCCCUCUUUCAAGGGCUCCUGCACUUUUUAAUCUUUAUGUUUAUUAAUUUACCACCUCCUGGUAAGAAGCACAGUUCUUAUCAAUGCAGCUGAUAACCCCUAAGUGCAGGGAUGUUGCAAGUUCUUAGCUUGAUUUGGUAUCUUCAUAUUGUUUAGAAUAGUCUUAGGCCACUGGCAAAAGACUUCAACCACAGACCAACAAAGCACAUUAUUGCACUUAUGUUUCAAAAGUGCAGCAAUUUGUGACCAUACUUGCAAUUCCUAGGGAUCCUCUUCAGAAGUUAUGUAAUAUACUUAUGCCUGAAGGCUCUGUUUUGCCCUCUCACUAAUGUAUAAUCAUUGUCUAGAAAUAAGUGAAUUCACAGUAGCUCUGAGAGGAAACCCAGAUUCUCAUUGGGUGCAAUUAAAAUAGCAUUCAGCAAAAAACUGCAGGUAGGCAUGUUAUAUUUUUCCCAGCCUCUCUGCAGGUGUAAAAGAUUAUUUUUGUAAAUAAGCUCUGUGGGAUUAUUUUUUCCUUGUUUAGCAACAUCAGAUGUUUAUUGUACUAAUUUACAAACUGAGGUUUUAAAAAUAAUUCUUUUUAAAAUUUUUUAAGUUUGCUCUAGCAGUUACAUGUUCUACAUCAAUCUGAGAUCACAAGGGGAAUUGAUUUAACUAAACUAAUAAAAGAUACGCCAACAUCCUGUCUCCCUAAAAAAACCCCACUCCAUUUUAAUGUUUCUACAAAAAUCUUCUCUUUUAAGUUAAAGAAUAUUUCUCCAAGUAGUUUUCUUUUGUUAUCCCAAGUCACUUCCCUGAUUUUUAAGGCUACUUGCUAAUACAAUCUGACUUCCUCUGUGGGCCAAAACAAAGAUUUCCAACCUACAUUCUGUACCUCUGUCUUACUGACAUGUGCUGUAAUUCUAGUGAAUUAUGAUUCUAUUGCUUCAAAAUAUUGAAAUACUUUUCCUCUCUCUUCCAUCCCUUCCAAAGGAAAAUGCUUAUGUAAGUUCUCUGCAAAGUCUGGGAUGACAGUCUAUUUAAAUGUUCUUAAAUGUAGUGCCUCCUUGAGCAAUUUGUUCUACAGCUGGGAAUAUUCAGGAUGACUUAUAAAGCCCUGGAUUCUGAUGAAUCAGCUAAGUGGGGGUGGGGGGUGGGGAAACCCUUGUUUUUAAAUGGAUGUCCGUUAUUGCAAGAACAUGAGGGAUCAGUGGCUCUGCCUUGACAGGGUCAUGCUGUGAGCCAUUGCUGCAGAUUUGUGUCCUUAUUGUCCAGCUGUCUGGCAGAUCUGGGGAAAGGGAACAAGUGUCCAAGUAACCCAAAGGUCCCUGGACCCCUUGCCAGUGGAGGCUCUGCACCAGGUACACAGGUGCUUGCUCUCUUCCCUGGCUUUUAGAGGAAUGAGAAUGGAAUAGAGGGCUGUGGCACAGAGGCUCUGCUGCUCUGGUAUUUUGUAUUGCACCACCACAACACCAUGCCACAGAGUAUGCCUGGGUUUAUGGCAUCUCACUGCUCACCUGUAAUAAACUACUGCAAUAAACGUAGUUAACCCA